AUGGUUGAACCUGGUAUUACGGAGGAUUUCGAUGCGGAGAAUAUAUUUAUGGUCCUGGCGAUAUUAGAGUCGGCGGCAAUUGACGUAGAGGAAUUAGAAGAAUCUGCAAGAAUUGAUCCAGUCCUAGACCAAGUGAAGAAAUCUCUACAGACGGGGAAGUGGGACGAACCGGACUUGUUCCGUCCAAAUUACGUUCACGACCUGGCCCAUGAGGGACAUCCAGGUGAGUCGGUCAUGAAGCGCCGUCUUAGAGAUCGAGUUUGGUGGCCAGGUAUGGACCGUGAAGCCACUAACCGAGUUACAUCAUGCGAAGGUUGCAGAUUAGUUGGACUACCAAAUAGACCGGAGCCUAUGUCACGCCGGCCACUUCCGAGUAAGCCAUGGGUUGACGUGGCCAUUGACUUUCUUGGACCAUUACCAGAUGGUGUGUACUUGCUCGUUAUAAUCGAUUAUUACAGUCGGUACAAGGAGGUGGAAUUGAUGAAUAAGAUUUCAGCCAAGGAGACAGUUUCCAGAUUGGACAAAAUAUUCACACGACUGGGAUAUCCCCGCACAAUUACUUUAGACAACGCCAAACAAUUUGUGGGUACCGAAUUUGAAGAAUACAGCAAGACACACGCAAUUCACCUCAAUCAUUCGACACCUUACUGGCCUCAGGAAAACGGCCUUGUUGAGAGACAAAAUCGAUCGUUGUUGAAAAGGCUUCAGAUAAGUAACGCUCUUGGCAGGAACUGGAAGCAGGACUUACAGGAUUAUCUAGUAAUGUACUACACUACUCCGCACUCCGUUACCGGUCGUACACCAACGGAGCUUAUAUAUGGCCAUACGAUUCGGUCCAAAAUACCGUCAUUAGAUGACAUCGAGACUGCUCCUCCGUCCACAGAUUUUGCUGAUAAGGAUUUAGAAUCAAAGGAAAAAGGGAAGGAUCGAGAGGACAUCAAACGAAAAACAAAGAGGUCAUCCAUCGACUGCGGUGAUUCGGUCCUCAUGCAAAAUCUACUACCAGGAAAUAAACUUCAGACGACCUACAAUUCCAAGAAAUACGUUGUGAUGUCUCGGUCUGGUCCUCGGGUGAUAGAUCCCGUUGAAUCAACACCAUCGUCGGCCAGUGAUGUAGUUGUGGACCCUUCAAGUAGAGCUGAUGAGGAACUAAGUGUUUCGUCUGUCGAAGACGAGUUUCAGGGAUUUGAGGCCGAACCGUUACCCAGGGUAUCUGCUCAGGUAUUUCUACCAGAGCGACAGCUGCGAACACGAAAGAAGCCAGCAAGAUUUGCAGAUUAUCGAAUGUAAAAUACUAUCUCGUAAAAGGGGGAGAUGUGGUACCUGGAUACAAUCCUGGCACUGAUUAGGUGAGAGUGAGAGAGGUGAAUACGGGUCUGGGGAGAACUGUCAGAGUGAGAUUAUUCGAGAUAGGGAUUUGGAGAAAAUAAAAAGCGUGUUUUGUACUGGUAAAAUAAUUGGCUGUUAUUUAACUUAUUGAGUUAUUUAAAAUAUCACAUGCGCGAAGCACGGAACCUCUAAUGGGGAAAGUUCUUCGCAAUACCAUACCAUGGUCAAAUUCUGCUGCUGCUGCUGUUAAUGCUGUCCCCCGGCAUUGCCAACAGGGGUUGGAGGUUACAGCUGCAGGAAAACGGAUGUUUUUGGCUGCUGUGAUAUAAGUGGAAAUCCGCACUGUGGUGAUGGGAGAAAUCAUCUUUCUCACUUACCGAUUGAUGGAAGCAAACGAGUCGAAUGUAUUCAUAGCUGAUAAGACAAGAUAAAAUAAUUAAUAAUUAAAAAGCCGAAAUAUAUUUCAUACU